GUUUGGUGAAGUGCCGGUAGUAAGUUAAAGGUUGAGCUAUCAUUCCCGUUCAUCGUGUAACUGGAGAGGAUUUAACUCCCACUUCAUCAACAGAGCAAAUCAGCUAAAUUUAAUUGUUAAAAAAGUAAAAGUGAGACAGGGGAAAAGGAAACGAAACACAAAAUGGCUUCUCCAAGAGCAGAAAACGUCAUUCCUGAUCUAAGGUAUUACGAGAAGCCAAGAACUAUAAGGAGGAUAUACAAGGACCAAAGGUGCUUUUAUAUCAUGCUAAUGUUAGCUGACUAAUCAUGACCUAAGUUUAUGUAUUUAAUAUUUUCAUGAGCAUGAAUCAUGACAUGCAGUUUACGAGAAUCAAUUCGUAUGAUAAAGUAUGUAUCUUCUAUCCUGUAUAAAAGAUUACUCUAAAACACUGGUAUUGUUAAGUUCAUAUAAUCUUACUGUAUGUUGUAUACCCAACUUCUAAAGACAGGAUGAGUUAAUUCGUUGAGGGUCUGCAAAUCGGAGGACAGAACAACAGAGACAAACUCAAGCUUAUCUAGUACAAUAAGGCACCGCAUUUUUAACUUGAAAAUGAAACUUUGGGAAAUAUACAAAGGAAAACCUUUCACAUAUUGGAUUCUUCUACUCCUUAGUGGUAGUGCAAUGCUUAUUGCAUUCCCUGCUUCUAGUCUUCUGUCGCGUCUUUAUUUUUCCAACGGGGGGAAAAGCAAAUUGAUUAUAUCAUGGGUUGCAGUUGCAGGAUGGCCAUUAACUUCUUUCGCCUUAUUCCCUACUUACAUCUUUUGCAACAAAUUUCCUACGCGUUUGAACUUGAAAGUCACUCUUUCUUUUGCAGUAGUGGGAUUCCUAAGUGCAGUUGAUAACCUCUUGUAUGCAUAUGCUUAUGCCUACCUUCCAGCAUCAACUGCUACUCUUCUGACAUCUUCAUCCCUCAUAUUUUCUGCAUUUUUUGGUUAUCUCCUUGUUGGAAACCGAGUAAAUGCUUCAACUAUAAACUCUAUUGUCAUGAUUACCACAGCUCUGACUAUUAUUGCAUUAGAUUCAGACUCAGAUUUGUAUGGUAAUGUCAGUAAAACCCAGUACACCAUUGGAUUUAUGUGUGACAUCUUGGGAUCUGCUCUCCACGGACUGAUAUUUGCGCUCUCUGAACUGGUAUUUGUGAAGCUCUUAGGAAGAAACUCGUUUCAUGUUGUGCUUGAACAGCAGGUAAUGGUUUCAUUAUUUGCAUUCGUAUUUACAACAUUAGGCCUGGUUGUGGGGAGGAGUUUCCAAGGGAUGGAAGAAGAGGCCAGAAAUUUCAAGGGAGGAGUAAAUUCAUACUGCUUGGUCCUCAUUUGGAGUGCAAUAACGUUUCAGAUUGGAGUGUUCGGUGCCACGACUGUACUGUUUUUAGCAUCAACCAUGCUUGCAGGAGUCCUUAAUGCAGUCAGAGUGCCACUCACAAGCAUUGCAGCAGUCAUACUGUUAAAUGAUCCCAUGAGUGGUUUUAAAAUCCUCUCUUUGGUUGUUACUUUCUGGGGAUUUUGUUCUUACAUUUAUGGGAGUAGAUAUUUUCAAAAGAAUGUUCAUUCUCAAACUACUAAUCAGCCUUGAUUUCAUCUUAAACCAAGGCUAAAGAAGUUGUAGCAUAAUUCAUUUCAGUUUGCUCUGUAUCUGAUGCAUAUAGAAGCUCUAUAUAUGUGAAGUUUGGACUCCAAAAUAA